AUGGCAAUGUCCCACACUCUACACUCCACCAUUGUGCUCACUGAUAGGAUUGACACGAAAUGGACUAGAUUAUUCAGCGAAGGCUACGUGGUCGCAUCGAAACGAUGGACAAAGCGAGCAUACGAGGCGCUCGAUGAUCCAGAAGUGGACGGGGUACUCGACACUACAAUUGUUAUGAGCAACCAAAUGAAGCAGCAUGGCCAAUUUCCCACGUUGGACAAGAUUGAUAAGGUCUUUGCUUGCAAUGUCGGGGACUAUAUCGAUUUGCCCAAGAUUGUGGUGGUCGGAGAUCAAUAUAGUGGGAAGAGCUCUGUUUUUGGUCGGCCUUACCGACUUACCCUUUGA